CCAGGGAGAGAUCGAGCUCGUCCUGUCCACGCUGCAGUGUCAUGACUCAACACCAGCAGAAGACUGCACAUCACCACGGAAGCACUGGGGCUCAUGCUUCAACACCCUCCCCUCGCCACUGCCCCCUGUGUCGGGGUACAGGGGUACACACCCCCCAGGACAGAGAGAGGUGGGCUGAGCCAGGUGCUUCGGCUGAAAGUAACUCUGGCCCCACCCCUCGAAGGAGCCGACCAAUGGGAUCUCCCCAGAAGGAGAAGAGGGGUGUGUUUGUGGCAGCCCCCUCCCCUCCUCUUCUUAGCCAUGUGCCAGUGGUUCAGUGCGUGCCCAUCUGCACACCAGUCGUGUAUUACCCCGCCCCCCUCGCCAGGGCUCCGCCCUCCCACCUGGAACCCCGCCUCUACCUCUCCGUGGGCGGGGCGGGGGGAGGGGCUACAGGAGGCAGGGGUCCGCGGAGCAGGAGUCGACACGCCCGCUCCCUCACGCUGGACGGCGGCAGCAGGGAGCAGUCCCUCAGCCUCUCGCUGAGCCGGGCCAUCAGCGCUGCGCGCGGCAUGAGGGAGGCCUCCCGCCACAUGGCCCGCUCUCUCACAGCUGGGCUGGAACAGCAGGGGGCGCUGCGACAGCCCUGCCUCUAAUUAUACUGACCAGUCUCCC